AACAAUACCGGAGCACGCAAAAUGUCCAGGCCAGAGACGAAUGAGACAGUGCUGAACAAUCCUGCAUUUCAUCCUCCGGAAAAGCUACCGGCAGCGACUGUGUCAGGCCUGCGCGCUUGUUAGGCACCAUCAGUUUUGUUGCAUCCAUAGUACUCCCCUUCCUGAUGACCUUUCGGCUAGGUGCCGCCAUCGUGCUGUUGUACGUCGCAGAGGCGAACGACCGGUCUGCGAGUUCAGGGCAUGGCAAACCGGGCUAUACCGCUGGUUGCCGCCGACUGGCGUACUUUCUGCGGCACUCCAUCAACCGUUCCGCCGACCCGUGCAACGACUUCUACAACUACGUCUGCUCCAGAAGUGACUACACCGAUACCUUUAGGAACAUCAAGAACAAGACCAUGGACAACCUUAUUUCGCUCCUGCGCACGUCAGCGGUGCCCGAGCGAGGUCAAUCGGCCGUUCAAAAGAUGACGAGUCUGUUCCGGGCCUGCGUUUCUCUCGCGGAAGAGAACAGAUACGAGCAUGGUGACGUAAAGGGCUUCCUGACGUCACUGAGCCUCUACGUGCCAACGUCACCGGACAUAUCGAGCGCGGACGACGAGGAUCGGAGCGAUCCGCUGGAUAGCAUGCUGAAGCUAUCGGUGGAGUAUGGUUUGCACACGUUCUUAUAUUUCGGCACGACCAGAAACGCAACCGCGGCGCGUUACCACCGACUGGCUUCGAGCGCCGAGUACGAGGCAUGGUGCGGGAAGCGCGCCAACCUUACCGAAUCUAACGACCUAACGGACUUCGUCACCGAGCACAUCCGCGUACUCGCUCCGUCGCCUAGCCACCAUGGAGGACGUCCUCAGACUGAGUAAAAUGUUCAUUUCGCUCGAAGCGAACUGAUCGUCUUCAUAGCGCACGCAAGGAAAUCGUUAGGACAGACCGACCAGCUAACACCGCUAAAGAUGAAAGUCCGGGAGUUCGCAAACUUCACGAGAAGUGCCGUGAAAUCCGAACGCUGGUUGUCAUCCAUGAGACGAUGGAGUGGAAGGAAGUCCAAGCUGGACGACGUGGUCCUAGCGUAGCCCCUGGCUCUGUGGCUUGCUUGGCAUCUGCUGACACCCGGCCACUGGCACAAAACCCACCGCCUCAUGACCUGGGACUUGCUGCGCCAAGUGGCGCCUUGCCCCGCGGCGGGGCCGCUGGCGAACUGGACCGCUUUUGCGUAAAUCGCGUCACCAGCCAAGCGGCGCUGGCCAUCAUGGCCGUGCACCUAUACCGUACGGCGACUCCACCUGUGCUGGCAGACACCGAGGACAUGGCCGAGUGGCUUCGCGCCGCUUUCGUCAACGAACUGGCCGCUUCGGACUGGCUGCGAGGUGAACCGCAGAGCACGGCGAUACGCAAAAUGCGUGCCAUGCGCAUGACCAUCGGAUUUCCCGACGGUCUGUCCCAGCCCGAACAGCUCGACGAGUAUUACUCCCAGUUGCCGGACCUGUGGAGCCGGCGGUCGCUGCGCUCGUGGCUGGAGCUUAAGCGCUUUCAGCGACUCAAGAGGCGCUUCUCGACGGUGAACGACGCGGACGCGCUGCGCGCCGGAAAGGUAAAUGGCUACUGCCUGCCGGGAAACCGGGUCUGGAUGUCCGCGGGCCUCAUGCAAGAGCCCAUAUACUUCGGUCGCGCGCCGGACGCGUACAACUACGGCUCGCUAGGUCAAGCCGUGGGCCACGAGAUGAUGCACGCGUACGACAUGAGCGGCCGCAAAGUGGACGACCAGGGUCGGCACCGCGACUGGUGGAAGAACGAAACCAGCAACCAGUGCCAGGAGAACGCGCUCUGCAUUCGCCGCAGUCACGAGCAGGUGGUGAGGGAGCGAACCCCAGUGGCUACUGCGUGGCAAGCUGGACUCGGAGAACCUGGCCGACUUCGCCGGUGUGAGCGCGGCGGCACGGGCCUACCGAUCGCUGCCGGCGAGCCGGCGCCUGGCGACGGUGGCCGGCUUCAGGCCGGACCAACUCUUUUUCCUGGGCCACUGCGUGAAGUGGUGCGCGUCCUUGAGCUCGCGUCGCCCCGGUUCCCGGCACGCUAGUGCCCGAUCGCGCUGCAUCGAGCCCUUGAUGCACACGUGCAAGUUUUCCAGGGCAUUCCGGUGCGACAGGGGAAGCUACAUGAACCCCACUAGGAAAUGUCGUUUGUGGUAG